GCGAGGCGCAGGUGUCGGCUCUCGCGAGAGGGGCGGUGUCUGGCGGGGCCGGGAUGGUGCUGCGGCGGGUGCUGCUGGCGCUGCUGAGCAGCCCGCGGGUGGUGGAGCGGCUCUCCGAGUCCCGGCCCGUCCGCGCCGCCGCCCGCCUCACCGCCGCCGCCAUCACCCGCGGGCAGCUCAGCGCCCGCCAGGCGGCGCGGAGCCUGACCCCUUGUUUGCUGCGCCUGCGCGACGCCGUGCUCGCGGAGCUGAAGGGCAGCGCGCGGGGCUGGCCAUGGCCCCCGAGGCGCGGGUCGGGGCAGGGCGGCCGCCCCGGAGCUGCACCCUGAACGCUGUCGAGCUGAGGGGAGCUACGGAGCAGCAGCCGGCACAGGACCCUUCCACGAGGAGAAAGAAACCACCGGGCGCUGGAGGAGGAGCGCGGCGGAGCCGGCAGCGGGCGGGCCCCGGCGCCUGGGUGACGGGCUUCCGGCGGCGGCAGGGCCCCCCCCAGCCUUUCCGGGACCGGUCGGCUCACGGGUGCGCUGCGGCAGCCGCGGAGGACCCGGCGUGACCCCGGCCUGCGAGCUGCGGACUGAGGCUGCUGCUCCACACACCGCGCGUCGCCAGGAGACGUCCCCGCGUCUGAGCGUGAGAACGGGAAGCGCGGCGCUCACCGGUGCCAUGGGCUCUCAUUGCAGAAUCGGCGUGCGCCCUCCGCAGUACUCGGUAACGGGCAGAAGGGAGACUCGCGUUAAACAUCGUCCAGAAUACUGUCGGGAUUGUCACUUUCAGUGUUCGAUAAGAAACUCGAAAUAAACCCAUAUUUCUCACAGGA